GUCAUGGAGAGCCUGCAGCUGGCGGUAAUGAUUGAAACGUGGGCGCUGCUGCUCGUGUUCAGGUCUGCACCGGUGGUCAACCAAUCGGUGACCUGCUCGCCGUUACGCCUAACGAAACCUGUAGGAGACGCUGCCGUAUUCACGUGCCAAUUCUCCAACGUGGAUCAUUCCGAAUAUAAUCCGAACUUGUACAGGGAAUGUAAUGAAAGCCAGCGAAUGAAGAUCACCGAGCUAAAAGAAAACAAGGACAGUGGAAAGUACAACAUUUCUCGUGUGGGUUCCUCACACGCCUUUCAGGUGAAGAUUCUGGACCUACAGAAGAAAGACGCGGGGAAGUAUUGCUGCGUGCUUAUAUCGAUGUCGUCUUCCCAGACGGUGACUGAAAGCCACAGGUGUAUCCUCACAGUGACAGAAAGAGCCAACACUACAAUCGAACCUGACAUGCAGGAAAAAGAGGAAGAGUAUGACAGCGGAGAGAAUGGCAAAGGAAUGCCUUUUGCUUUCAUUGGUGGAGCUGGGCUGAUCUUGAGUCUUGGAAUUUUGGGCAUCUUCCUCUUUAAUGCUAUCAAGGGAAAACAAGGGGAACGGACGCCACCGGCUGAAAAUGCCCCCCUGGACGAAGAGUCUCCUGCAGCCAACGUUUUCACUGUGGAUUAUGGGAUCCUGGAAUUCCAUGGAAAAGCCCCUCCUAAGCACCCUCCGGCAGAGAAGACCGAAUAUGCCACCAUCGUGUUCCCCACGUGCAAGAAGUCCAAAAAGCAGCGGUACUGCCUGAGCAGAACACAGCUGCACUGAAGCACCGGAGGAAAGAGGCCCCCCUUGCCAACU